CCCGAACUGUAUAAUUUUUCAUCAUAGUCAAAUAAUGAAAAAAUAAUUAAAACAAUAUAGAUUAAAGUUGGAUCUAACAAAGUUGUACUAUUUUUUUGGAGUUUUUGUAGCGCCACCUAUCACUUGAACAAUUUGCCACAUCAAUUUUUUAUGAUUUGCAAUGAAGCACUGAUGCAGCUUUCGUGAGACAAUGGAGGAAAUAUGGACGUUGAUUCUGUUUUGUUUGGUUAUGUUGAUAGGUUGUUAUGUUGCUGGAUCAGUUCCACUUGCUUUCACAUUCUCUGAGGAAAAACUGAAGUUAGUGACUGUGCUUGGUGCAGGGCUGUUAGUUGGGACAUCUUUAGCUGUUAUUAUACCAGAGGGGGUACAUAUGCUGUAUGAGACACCUGGACACCAUGAUCAUAAGCAUGUUGAAGUAGCAAUCAAAAGUGUUGACCAGGAUGCCAGUAAAGUUGCUGCUGAUGAGGCAACACAUGUCCACAAUCACGCAGAACACGCUCAUUCACACUCAGAUCCCCAUAGCAAGAUAGGUGUCACUCUAGUACUAGGAUUUAUAUUUAUGUUACUCGUGGAUCAACUAGGCGGAGGACAUACACAUGCUUCCAGUACUGACACAGAAGCAGGGGUACAAAACAGACAUAAAAUCACUGCAACUUUAGGUUUAGUUGUACAUGCUGCAGCUGAUGGUAUUGCACUGGGAGCUGCUGCUACUACAUCACAGUUACAUAUAGAAAUGAUAGUUUUUUUGGCUAUAAUGCUUCAUAAAGCUCCAGCAGCUUUUGGUUUAUCAACAUUUUUACUCCAUGACGGGUUUGAUCGUCCAAGGAUCCGGAAACAUCUGGCAGUAUUCUCACUUGCAGCUCCUAUCAUGGCGAUAGUAACAUAUCUAGGACUUAGUCAAGCAUAUAAAGAGACUCUAAAUGACAUGAACGCUACUGGUUUAGCCAUGUUAUUCAGUGCUGGUACAUUCCUGUACGUAGCUACCGUACAUAUUCUCCCAGAACUAGCCGCUGGGAAACACACUCACUCAAGCCCUGGCAAUGGCAAUACUGUUAUACAUGAACAUAGUGGCUUCUCCAAGCCCGAGCUGUUCGUCAUGGUGAUUGGAUCCAUAGUGCCCAUAAUCCUCUCAAUAGGUCACUCCCACUAACCCAUUUGUCAUACAUGUCAUACACACAAGACCUAGCAGGCUAUUCAUAAUUGCACAAAGGCUUAUUAAAAGUGUGUAUACAUCUGAGGAUUUUUCUGCCAUGUUCAUGAUUUAAAUGCAUGACGAACAUUUCCAUUGCAUUAUGUGUACUGAUAGGUGGCAUCAGUCUUCAAGAUGUGGACGGCUUCAUUGGAUCCUGUAUUUGACAUUGACAAAUAAGUCACAUCUUUUACAAACACGGGUGUGUAGAAUUGUGAAUGAAUCCAUGUCAAAAAAUGAGAUCGCUUCAUUACACUGUCUCAUUCCCGUCUGAAGGUCUCAUUUGUUUAUAGAUCUGAGCGCAGUCUCAUAUCAUUUGGUUGUUUAUAUAGUGUGAUAAAUAUUUGUGCAAAAAUCAAACAAUAUUUUAUUAUUAUGUGCUUGGA